UCUGACAUACAAAACGACGCCGUUUUGUUUUCAGUCCCCUUCUGCUUUCACCUUCUUCCCACUUCUCUAAAACCCUAAUACAAAGUCUCUGCAAUUACUGAAAAUGGCAUCUCUAGUUUCGAAAAUCUCAUUGACAAGACUCUUUUCCCGGAUCCGUGCCCCAUCAAUAGCUUACACUCUAUGCACAGCUACAGAAACCCGAACCCAGAAGUUGGAGCGGAUCGCCGACCAACUUCUGGACCUGAAUAAGCUCGAAAAACAUGACUACUCUAUCCUAUUCCGGCACAAAAUGGGUCUUAAUCGAUAUGGGCCUGCUGUUUCAGGUUUGGGUUCUGGAUCUUCUUCUUCUGGCCCUGGUGCAGCGGCUGCGGAUACAAAGGUGGAAGAAAAAACUAUCUUUGAUGUAAAGCUUGACAAGUUUGAUGCGGCGGCCAAGAUUAAGGUGAUUAAGGAAAUUAGGUCUUUUACUGAUUUGGGUUUGAAGGAAGCUAAGGAGUUGGUAGAAAAAGCGCCAGCAGUGGUGAAAAAGGGAGUAACGAAAGAUGAAGCUAAUGCCAUUAUAGAAAAGCUCAAGGCAAUAGGUGCUACAGCGGUACUAGAAUGAAAUUUCCAAUUUUGCCUCAUGUUCUUAUACUGCAAAUUGUUAUUUUUAUGGGGAAUAGAAAUGGAAAUUGUACUCCAUUUUGACGAA